AUGGCAAGGUCGUCGAAGGAUGAUGCGAGAUUUAGCGAGACUGCAUGGAAUUAUCACGCUGAAACCGGUGAAGUAAAUAAUGUGAACUCUACGUUAUCGCAUAACACAAAUAUUCUAAAUGAAAGUCUGUACACCAACGCGAAUUUUAAUAAAGACGCUUACCAGAAUCAAUACAACAUGCAAGCGGCAGACAUAGCGCCUAAUAAGGAGGAAAAUAUUCCAUUUACCGCGAUGCCCAAUGUAAAUCGCGUUUCGAGGCAGGGCUACGGCAAUGCAAUGCUUAAUCUAGGUAACGGACAACUGGUUCGCGUUUUUUAUGACGAGAACAAUCAACAGUUGAUUUUCCCUAUGUCUGGUCAGUAUGAAUUAUUCAGUAACAAGCAGGGCUUAUGCGAUGUCCCUCUACAAUCUACUCAGCCUCCACACAUGUUUACUUUAAACCAAGAAUAUAACAUGGGACAUCCAAUACAGUCUUCGACGGCUACCAUUCAAAAUGCUGCCUUUAACCAAGAAUUGAAUCAGGCAGCCAAUCAGCCAACUUCUAAUUUUUUAAAGGAUGUUUUAGGUAAUUGGGAACCUAAUUCAAGCGGUACUUAUUCUCCGUUUGGCCAAAAUUACCCUUUAAACCACCCAGAUGCACCAUUAAACAUACUAUCUAAUACAAAUAAUCACAUGAAUGAGGUUAAUACUCAAAUAAGGCAAGAUCUGUCUCCGAAAAGGAAUGAGACCAGUCCAUUGGCUGAUACUAGUACUAAGAAGCGUAUAGUUGCUGAAGUAAAGCCUAUGCGUCCCAGCUACUCUGAUGUUCUAAGUAAAAAUACAAAGAACACUUAUACAGAUACAACUACCAAGGCAAAGCCUAAUGAUAGUAAACCCAGUAAGCCCAACAAAUCUGAUAAACCAUACCCAAAAAUUCAAAGUGAGAAAAUUAAAGGAGACAAAAAGCAAAAUAUCCCAUCAUCCGGCAGCGACUCAGGUGAUAUCAAUAUAGAGGACAUUGAUAAGCAUCAAAAACCUAGCAAAAAAUCGAAAAAACGUAACAUGUCUCGUAAAUGGUCAUCCUUUGAGGAUAUAAGUGUGGAAGACCAGCACUCUACUAACCAAACAGAGAGUCAAUUUGUCUUCAUCAAGAAUCAGGUUGAUAAACCAAAAAAGGAAAAACGAGAGAAGCCUAAAGUUUCGGAGCCUGAAGAAGAUAAGAAAGAUGACUCUGAGUUUGUGCUACAGGAUGAGGUUAAUGAUGUUAAGGCAAAGAAGAAAAAAGAACCUCGUAGUUACCAUAAAGUUAAACCAGUAAAAGAUAAAAAGACACCUAUACAAACUAAAGUGAGACGUAACAAGCCAGGAUAUCUUGGUUUAGCACAGAAUUACCUUGAGCAUUGGGGAGGUGCAACAUGGAAGGCUCUUGUUUGGUUCGUCUAUCUAUUGUCAGAUGUUUGUCACAUGAGCCUGCAUCUUUCUUUUGACCUAUGCACCUCGGUAUUUACUCAGUCCUACGUUAGCUGCCAAGCAGUGUGGAGGAGCAGUAAGGAUUGGUUUUCCAAAUUGCGUGACAACAAAUAUCUCUUGUACAUAGACAGAAAAUUCGGACACACCAGAUUUGCAUUCUGGAGAAAAUUGAAAUGGCUUCGAAAAGAUAAGGAUAACGAUGACAGCGAAACAAACAAGCUGAACUCGAAUAUACCACUGCCAGGGACAGGGGAGGAAGCAAUGAAAAGGUUACUUGCCUGCCAAGGGAAAGAUCCAUAUAGCAUUCUAGGUGUAAGCGAGACAUGUACAGACGAUGAUAUAAAACGUUUCUAUCGGCGACAGGCGUUCCUCGUACACCCGGACAAGAAUCAACAGCCCGGCGCUGAGGAAGCAUUUAAAAUACUUCAACACGCUUUCGACCUUAUUGGGGAGCCGGAACGUCGGGAAGAGUACGAGAGGAAAGCGCAGGAGUCUCGACACGUAGAAGCUGCGUGGAGUGAGGUCAGUGACCUGAUAGCGCAGUUGCACGAUAAAAUGGAGUUUGCUGCUAAUACUAUCAGAUGUACAAACUGCGGUCGGCGACACAAACGCGUAGCAACAGAUAGGCCGUGCUACGCGGCGCGGUACUGCGCUCAGUGUAAAAUACGACACUCCGCUAAGGAGGGUGACAUUUGGGCAGAGUCCAGCAUGUGGGGCCUGCUAGUGAUGUACUACGCGUGCAUGGACGGUGCGGUGUAUCAGAUAACGCAGUGGGCGACUUGCCAGAAGAAGAACUUGAAGCAACUGCGCGCGGACUGUCACAUCGUCCAAUACCGGAUCGUGCUCGGGAACAAAGCGGCCGCAGCGGACCUCAGCCACAGACCUUCCACUGGGCACGAACCGAACCUAGAGGAGUUUUUGAACAAUCUAUACAAUAAGACAGGUGUGACAACAAACACUGCCAACCCGAAACAAACUACCACCGAGACAGCUGAUGCCAAAAAGCGACGCAGCAAAAAAACUAAAGCCUAG